ACCAAACGCGAAAAGAGGGAGAAGAAAACGCUUGAAUUAUUUACACCAGAGCCUGAGAGACAAAUUAUACGUUGUGGACACAUUUAACUGGCCUUAUAAGAGAGAUUUAAUUCUUAUCCAUGCAGUUAUAGGCUGGUUUUUGGCUGUCAGUGUGUUUAUAACGUCUAAAUGGACGUUUGAAGAACCAAAGUUACACUUUAGACGGGCAGUAUCCGGUUCAAAUAGGGGAGAGACAUCAUGGACUCUUUCAGCACGAAGAGCCUGGCCCUGCAGGCCCAGAAGAAGCUCAUGAGCAAGAUGGCAACCAAGACGGUGGCUAACCUCUUCAUCGACGACACCAGCAGCGAGGUACUAGACGAGCUGUAUCGAGUGACCAAAGAGUACACGCGCAACCGCAAGGAAGCCCAAAAGAUUAUUAAGAACCUCAUUAAGAUGGUGGUCAAGUUGGGCGUCCUCUACCGAAACGGCCAGUUCAACAACGAGGAGUUGGCACUAGUCGAACGAUUUCGAAAGAAAGUGCACACUCUCGCGAUGACGGCCGUUAGCUUCUACCAGAUCGAUUUCACUUUUGACCGUCGCGUCAUGAGCAAUCUACUCAACGAUUGUCGUGAACUGCUACACCAGGUCGUCAAUCGCCACCUAACAGCAAAAUCUCACAGUCGUAUCAACCACGUUUUCAAUCACUUUUCCGACUGUGACUUCCUCGCGGCGCUCUAUGGACCUUCGGAAGUUUACCGUGCACACUUGCAGAAGAUCUGUGAAGGAGUCAACAAGAUGCUGGAUGAUGACAAUCUUUGACCACUAACUUUUGUCUCAUUUUUUAAGGAAGUGAUAUGUUUAUUUGAACAUUUCUCUUUGUGUUUUUGUGCCCUCUGUUAAAAGAGCAAAGGGCUACUCUUGAAAUACUUUUGGUACCUUGCUUCUCGACAAGAUAGGACGUUUAAUGAAUUUAGAAGAUCUCGAAUGUAUGUUUGUCCUUCUAAUGGAACAUCUUUCUCUUCAACCUUCUUUAGCUCCUAUAUUUUUCGAGUCAGCUGGUGGUUAGGAGGCUGUUUACAGCGUGAACUUAAACGACCCAAUGCAAGUCUUGCUUGCGCUUGUCAGAGGGUAAUUUGAGAAUGCAGAUUGUCUUCAAGUUCAGCCAUCAGAGGAAGGCUUUCAGCUGACCAUUUGCAAACCUCUUUGAUGCCGAGACAUUUAACUAGGAAAUAUAUUUCAAGCACUGCGAAAACAAAAUGCACUGGGGGACGUCUAUGAAACUUUCAUCUCUAAUUUUAGGAAAUGAGUCUGGCUGCAUCGCUUUUAUCACUUCCUGUCAGUACACACAUUUCAAUCUGAAACCCGAAGGCUUCUUGUUAUGUCUGUUGUGAUUCAUCUUCAGACAAGAAGUUGACAAUGUUCUUAUUGUGAAGGAUCGCCCAUUUGUGAUUUUCUAAACUUGGUCAUAUAGCAGUUUACGCUCACCAUAUUUUCAUCUGUCCACUCCAUACUGCCUCACUGGCGGAGGUCUUUACCACGAUGCAGUUCCUUACAGAGGAACGAAGAUAAUGCACAUUACAACGUUUCACUGUACUACCUUUCAGCAUUCGUUUAUUAGCUGUUUUAAUGAAGGAUUUAAAUAUGAAUGCAUACAUUGCUGAGCCAUUAUUUCGGUUUAUACAUCACCUCUGAUAUCUGAAUGUUCAAAAAUACAAAUACCCCUUGAACUUGUAUGCACUUGCAAUUGAAGUAUAUGGGUCAUAUUGUGCAGUAUACUUGCCCCAUAUACUUCCAUUGUAAGUGCAAACAGUUAAAAAAAUUUUGGUAUGUUUUUAGAAGUAAAGGUCAAAUUUUUUCGGUGGUAACAGACUAUUCCUUUAAUGCCAAUUCUAGUGACUUUUUACACAAAUUUAGACCUCUGAUCUAGAAUUGCAUAUAACUGUGUAUUUCAGUCUUAGUCAAUCUGGCCUACUUAAAAGUAUUUUUCUGGUGUAGACGAAGCCUCUAUAAGGUGAUUAUAUGACAGUUUAUGGCCCCUUGGCCUUUAAAGGAAGAAUUUUUUUUUUUUUUCUGUAUGUAUGCACUUAUUAUUGUCUUGCUUUCUUUUUUUACGUCAAUAGCUGAGGGUUGUUGGAAUUUGUCUUGAUUUCUUGUGAAUAGUUGUUUUAGGCAGGCUCAAGCUUAUAAAUAAAGGAUUGAAAUACCAAAUGUUGAAGGACAUAAGUAAAUUUACGAGUAACCUUUCAAACGUUGACAGCAGCGAAAGCCAUACCUCCUGAUUAUCUAAAACCUCUCAGGGUUUAGUCUUGCAUGCCUUUUACACUUGGUGUUUUGAGCCAAUUUGAACCGAUUUAGGACUAUUGAAUGCAUUUUCUUCCUUUACCUGUGUAUUAAAGGACUGUUUUUCAAACUACAUGUCUUUGCGGUGGAAUUUGGAGGGUCAUUUUUGUUAAUCAUGAGCAAAUUCUGUCAAUGUAUGUUGUUGUACUUUUUUCUUUUUUCUAGAAAUGAUGUAUAUAAAUACAGUAUGUGUAUGUAUAUAAAUGAAUGUGUCAUUCUUAAGGAACACGGUUUCUGUUUUUCUUUAACUAGG